AUGAGAUUUUUUAAGUACCUUUUUGGCUUCAUAUCCAUGUUGACCUUGAUAUUGGCAGCAGACAAAACUACCAAGAAAUCAUCUACUACGGUCUGGGUCACUACCACAAUCAAGGGUGAAAAGACAACUAUGCAAACAAUAUAUGAACAGUCAUUUAAGUCAACAUAUGCCACUGCAGACGAGGGAGAUGUUAAGUCGGGUCAAAUUGGACUUGGCUCUAUUAGUGGAAAUGUUGGUGAUGUAAGAAGUUAUGAACAUACAACAGUGGGACAAUCAAAUGCAGCUGUUGGGCUUUUUAAGCCGGAAAAUAUCUAUUCGGGAAUAGCUGGUGUUUCCUUUUUGCUUUUAGGGGCCUUACUUUAA